CAACUCAUGUUUCAUCACAACAAAAACAUGUGUUUUUACUUUUUCUUAUUGCCACUUGAAAUUGAAAAUAACCUCUGACUUUAUUAAAUAUUCUUUAUAAAUUAUUAGUUCGUAUUCGUAGUCAAGUCUUGUGACUGGUGUUUAAAAAGACGGUAAUAAUAAUCGGCAGAGAAAGCUAAUAUAGUGCUGAAAAUGAGAGAUCGGCACCAGAACACACCUCCUUCAUCCAUAAAUGGUGACGAAAUUAUGGGUAUGGAAGACGACGAGGGCAUAAUUUUCGAAGAAUUGGAGGAGGUGGAGUUCACUGACGAAAUGUUAGAAGACGUCGACGAUCAAGAGGAAGAAGACGAGGAGAUGGAGAAGCCGGAAGACCUCGCUGCGGUUGUUUUUGAUAAACACAGCGGCUCCGUGUUCUGCUGUGACUUACACCCUAGUGGGAAAUACGCAGCGACCGGAGGCGAAGACGACAAAGCUUAUGUCUGGUCAACUAAUAAUGGGCAAAGUAUAAUGGAGUUCUCGGGCCAUAAGGAUUCCGUAAUCUUCGUUGGUUUUAGCUUUGAUGGUGCUUAUUUAGCAACAGUUGACAUGUCGGGGGUUAUAAAAGUUUGGAAAUGCAGGUUUGAUGAUAACCAACAAGAACCGUGGCCUGUUGCCUUCGAAUAUGAGGCUGAUGACCUCAGCUGGGCACUGUGGCACUUUGCCGCCAGAGUUCUUAUAUGUGGUUCAAUGACAGGGGACAUAUAUGUAUUCAAAAUACCCUCUGGUGAAACGAAAGUAUUGCAAGGCCACAAUAUUAGGACUGAAUGUGGGAAGAUGUUCCAUGAUGGUGUGAGACUAGCAUCAGGAUAUAAGGAUGGGUCUAUUAAAAUCUGGGACCUCAAAACUGGUACUGUACUACACCAUGUACCUCCAGGAACUCAUGAAGCUUGGAUCAAUGCUAUUGACAUACAUCCAGAAAACAGUCUCCUGGCAUCCAUAACUACCGAUGGUAAAAUUAGUUUGACAACACCAAGCAAUGGUAAGGUAGUGGACCAAUUGGAGACAGAGACAGAUUUAGAAACCAUAGCAUUUUGUCCUGACCCUCAGCUAGGAUACUUUGCUUUAGGUACAUUGAAUGGGUCCGUAACGAUAUGGGAUACGAGCAGGAAAAUGAUUCGCCAUCACUGUUCCAAAUCCGAUGACAGGAAUUCCCCCGGCGUAACCAAGAUUAUCUGGGUGAAGGACCAAAUACUCGCUGGUUGUUUGGAUGGUUCCGUACGUAUUUACGAUGGCAAAUCUGGGGAACGGAAGGUCGUUUUAACUGGUCACUGGUCACAAGUGUUAGAUUUAUGCUACAACGCCGAAGAGAACAUUAUACUAACAACGUCGAAUGAGGGUUCUGCUAGAAUAUUUAAGUAUUCUUAAUUCUAGAUUGAUUUAAUUAAAUAUAUACCUCACGGACAUCGACAUUUCGGUUUUAUUUAUCCUAGUUUGUUUGUAUUAUGAGGUAGGAACAUUUAAUUGUUAAGACUGAUCUACGUCUACCACAACAAGUUAUCAAGUUAUUAUGAACACAAUAAUAUACCUCAGAAUACGGUGACUGACUUGCAUAGUGAUUAAAUUGUCCAUACAAAUGCUGUGUAUAAAUAAUAUUUUAAAUUACGACGUUAACUGUACUGAAUGUAUAAAAUAUAUAUUUAUAAGUUUGA